AUGAAGAAAGCUAGCAGAGAUGUGAUGCAGACCCGCCCCGGGCCACAUAUAGGGGCCCAGUCCCCGCUGUCACCGGCCCGCGUCGCCUCCAGACCCACCAGGCCCGCCGACUUCAGAGGCACCUGGAACCUGCUCAGCAACGACAACUUCGAGGGCUACAUGCUGGCCCUAGGUCGGCAGGAGAGCCCGGGCCAAGUAGGUACCGCGAGGGGCUGCGGGCUCUGGUCGCCCUCCUGGGGGCCGGGGCUGGGGAGGUCGUCCGUCGGCCUGUCCGUGGUCUGUCCGCACAUCCUUCCUGGGCCCAUCAGUCUCUACCCGCCACUAGGCCAAAGCUCUCGAGUGUCCCCGCGGUCUCUGAAGGAGGCGGAGGUGCCGGCGACGCGACAGCUUUGUGGAGAGACUGGGGGAGGGGGAGGAGGGUCCGGCCGUAUUGAUUUUGCCACUUAUAAGAUUGCCCAGUUGUUGAAGUCACAGAAGGUGACUGAACAAAAUGGAGAUUCUUUUAUCAUCCACACACAUAGCAGCCUAAAGAACCACCUUGUUAAGUUUAAAGUUGGAGAAGAAUUUGAUGAAGAUAACAAAGGACUGGGUAACAGAAAAUGCAAGAGCUUGGUUACCUGGAACAAUGACAGGCUCACCUGUGUCCAGAAGGGAGAAAAGAAGAACAGAGGCUGGACCCAUUGGCUCGAAGGGGAUAAACUCCACCUGGUAUAUGCCACAUUUUGUUUUUAUUUUUGAUGAGAUGAUACAACGUUAAAGAAAACAUUAAACCACAGCCAGUAAUCCUGCCCACCUAACUCAACUGUUUCGAUUUUGCAUGUUACCUUUCUGGUAUCUAUCAGAAUGUUCUGCCU